CUUGCACUCAUGUAUCAACUUCCUCUCCAGAUGUGAUUCGGGUUCUGAAACAGCAGCACAUGUUCGAGGCGUGAGCAGCUAUGGGAAUUAUUGUAGAGGACCGAGAGACAGUAGGUGCGCCAGAUGGUGGCUGGGGCUGGAUCGUUCUGCUUGGAUCUUUUGUCAUCACUGGCUUUUCAUAUGCCUUCCCGAAAGUUAUAAGUGUGUAUUUCAAAGAACUGAUGAAAGACUUUGACUGUGGAUACAGUGACACAGCCUGGAUUUCAUCUAUAAUGUUAGCAAUGUUGUAUGGUUCAGGUCCAAUCUCCAGCAUCAUGGUUAAUAAAUUUGGAUGCCGGCCAGUGAUGUUGGUUGGAGGAUUGCUGGCCUCAGGAGGGAUGAUAAUUGCAUCUUUCACUUCUAACAUUAUCCAGGUUUAUCUCACUGCAGGUGUCAUUACAGGUCUUGGACUGGCUUUGAACUUCCAGCCAUCACUGAUUAUGCUGGGGUCUUAUUUUGACAAACGCAGACCACUUGCCAAUGGACUGGCAGCAGCGGGAAGCCCUGUAUUUCUGGCAGUUCUUUCUCCUUUAGGACAACUGCUGCUCAGCCACUAUGGAUGGAGAGGAGGCUUUCUCAUCACUGGUGGUCUUCUGCUCAAUUGUUGUGCAUGUGGAGCAAUUAUGAGACCCCUGAAAUGCAAAGAAAGGAAAGCGAAAGCUUGUUCCAAAGAACUCAAGGAAAUGCUGCCUCCUGAGGCUGGACAAGAGAAUAUCGUUUGUGAAAACAAUAAUGAUACAAAGUCCAGUAAAAAGAAGCUUUUGGACUUCAGUGUACUUGCUGAUUUAGGGCUUAUUAUCUAUAUUAUUGCAAAAUUUAUAGUUGUCCUCGGCCUAUUUGUUCCAACUAUUCUUCUAAUCAACUACGCUAAGGACCAAGGAGUGCCUGACCAGGAUGCUGCCUUUUUGUUGUCUAUUAUAGGAUUUAUCGAUAUCUUUGCUCGUCCCACAUGUGGCAUGGUGGCCGGUUUAAAAUGGAUCCGACCCAAGAUGCCCUAUUUCUUCAGCCUGGCCUUGCUCUUCAAUGGCCUGACAGAUGUUUGUUCAGCUAGAAGCACAGACUAUAAGGAGUUAGUUAUCUUCUGUGUGUUCUUCGGGCUGUCUUAUGGCAUGGUGGGUGCUCUGCAGUUUGAAGUGCUAAUGGGUAUUGUGGGAAAAAGUGGAUUUUCCAGUGCACUUGGCCUAGUGCUUCUUAUUGAGGCAGUGGCUGUGCUGAUUGGACCUCCCUCUGCCGGUAUAUUGGUGGAUAAGUACAAGAACUAUGAACUGAUUUUUUACAUGGCUGGAGGAGAGCUGAUCUUUGCUGGAAUAUUUCUUGCCCUUGCAUCAUUCUUCUUUAUUAGACACAAGAAACACAAAGAUGCACAGCAGAUGCAUAAUGGUGAUGCGGCAAUCAAUCCUAAAGGAUAACCAUUGGAGAAAGCUGACAUUUGGGACAUUUAUGUUCAGUUAGUUAUGUUUUGUUUACUAAUGUGUAUUAUGAAGAAUAGUGUCUUGUAUUGUGUGUGUUUUUAGAUUUCUAACUCUAAAACCCACUUUUGAACACGCAGAUGAAUGAGAAAUAAGGAUGUUUGAGACAAUAAAA